UCCAAGCUGGAGAUCCACCGGCGGGUCCACACGGGCGAGCGGCCGUUCGUCUGCACCGCCUGCGGCAAGGGCUUCACCGAGUCGUCCAGCCUCCUCACCCACCAGCGGGUGCACAGCGGCGAGUGGCUCUUCCUCUGCUCGGUGUGCGGCAAGGGCUUCACCAAGCCCUCGCACCUCCUCACCCACCAGCGGGUCCACACGGGCGAGCGCCCCUUCGUCUGCCCGCUGUGCGGGAAGGGCUUCACCCAGUCCUCCAACCUGCUCACCCACCAGCGGGUGCACACCGACGAGCGGCCCUUCCCCUGCCAGCUCUGCGGCAAGGCCUUCAAGAGCACCGAGGAGCUGAAGAAGCACCAGCAGAUCCACACUGACGAGCGGCCCUUCCGCUGCGCCGUCUGCGCCAAGGGCUUCCGCAUGUCCUCGCACCUGCUCACCCACCAGCUCAUCCACACGGGCGAGCGCCCCUUCGUCUGCCCGCUCUGCGGCAAGGGCUUCACCCAGUCCUCCAACCUGCUGUCGCACCAGCGCAUCCACACGGGCGAGCGGCCCUUCCGCUGCUCGCACUGCGCCAAGUGCUUCCGCAUGUCGGCCCACCUCCUGGCCCACCAGCGGGUCCACACCGGCGAGCGCCCCUUCGUCUGCACCGCCUGCGGCAAGGGCUUCACCCGCUCCUCCUACCUGCUCCGGCACCAGCGCGUGCACACCUUGGACCCCGCCACCGUCAUGGGCACCGUCGGUCAUGUCCAGGACUGA